AUGAAUUCCCCUCAAACGAAGCUGAAGUUUCUUCCAGCUUGGGAUGACACAAAAGUGAUAAACAGUAUUUAGCAACAUUACAUUCUUUAUUCAUACACACUCCAUAAAAAGAAUUUGGAUACUUCUAAAAAAAUGGUUGAUAACUCUGAGCCAAUGAGCUUCAAGGAUAAACAAGAAAAGCUAAGUUAGACAAAAUCAAGAUUCAAGUUACAGCCUUUAAAUGUAACAAUAAAAAACAAGCCAGAAAGGAACAAAAAUUUAGAACAAGAUAUAGAAAAUGGAUCACUAAUAAAUAGGAUGUUGUAAAUUACUGAGAAAGGUUCUCUUUAUAAUAAAAACACAUUAGAAAAAUAAGUAUUCAAGCCAAACAAACAUAAUUUUGCAAUUCAUAGACAAAAAGAAGCAGAUAAAGUGAAUACAGAGAAUUUAUUUAUUCAUAACAGAUUAGAGAAGGUACAGUCGACUAUCAAUUUUAAUAAAUACGAAUAAUAGUAUGAUAAAUAUAAAAAGUACAAAGAUAACAUAACUAGAUCCUCUCGUCGAAUCUUUAACUGUUUCAUCAAAACUGAUUUUAACCAAGAGCUAUUAGCUACUACUUCCACUGCAUAUGGAAGGUUGAUUCAUGCAAAAACAACCACCAGUAGGAUGACUCCAACCCCAACAAUAGCAGAAAAAACAGUUCAAAAAAGUAAAUCCAAAAAAAAGAAAUCUAAACAUUCUAAGAAUAGUAAAUCUUAAGAAGAUCUCAAAUUCUUAAAGUUCCCUCAAGAUACUAGCUCUCCUAAUUAGAAUUCAUAGAUUAGUGGUAGAAUUCAAACAGAAAACUGUAAGGAAACAGAUCAUUUUAAUUAAGGAGAUACAGAAUAUAAAAGUAAGCGUAAUUCUCAAAUAACUACAAAAAGCGAUUAAAUAAAGCACUCAAAGAAAAACUCUAUAUCAGAAAAGUAAUAAUAAAAUGAAUAAAUAAACGAUGAUUAAGAUAUUAAAAUCAUGGAAGAAGAGAAGUAACUUCAGUCUCAAGAGGAUGAAUCUAAAAUAUAAACAGAUAAUUAAAAUCAAUAAAACGAAUAAUAAAAUAAUGUUUAAAAAGAUUUAAAUUAAAAGGAAUGA